GGCUAAAACUUUCGAACCCAGGGUUCGGACUAAUUCACGCCUUGAAGUUGAAAUCUCCUCUUGGUAGUUUUUACGCAUCUUCAUCUCAACCUACUCUUGCGCACUCCAAAGUUUUCCAAGUUUUCAACUUUUCAUCAAAACAUGCAACAGGGUUCAGGAUCAGAGACCCAAGUCACUUGGGAAGAUCAGCAGAAUAUUAACAAGUUUAGUAAACUUAAUAAUCGAUUUCAUGAGCUUGAAGAUGAGAUUAAAUUCGCCAAGGAUAAAUGUGAGAAUUUGGAGGAUGCAGGCAACGAGCUGAUAUUAAGUGAUGAGGAUGUAGUACGCUUUCAAAUAGGCGAGGUAUUUGCUCACGUGCCAACAGAAGAAGUAGAAACUCGGCUAGAGGAGAUGAAAGAAGCGACUGCCAAAAAUUUGGAGAAACUCGAAGAAGAGAAAGUUUCUAUAGUUUCACAAAUGGAUGCAUUGAAGAAAAUUUUGUAUGGCAAGUUUGGGGAUUCCAUCAAUCUAGAGGAGGAAUAAGAGAUUAGUGACCUGAUCUGAGGGCGUAUUUUUCUAAAGGUGCAAUCUCAAUGGAGACCUUCUUUUACAUACUUCCCAUGAUUUCAGAAUUCAGAGCAUAUGUUUUCUGAAAUUUGUAGAGUUGACCGUUCUUCACCAAGUAGUGUUUGUUAUAUAGAUAUUCCAACUACAGAAUUUGGUGUAUUGUCAGUUGGUGGUUAGCUCUUGAUUUGCAGCGCAUAAGUGAAUUACAUGUUGUUGGAAGGUCGUUUUUAGAUUGAGAAUUCAUUAGUUUUUAAGAGCAAAGAAAAUCAUUUUAUUCUGCC